CGCAUUAACCCGUCUCUCGGACCCAGGACGAGUUUAGCCCGGAGAGAAAAGGACAAAUCACACACACAGACAGAGGGAACAAAAGGCACAGGAACCGGGUCGAGCCACCGUGGGACGCGUACGGCGCACCGCCCGGCCGCCGGAUCUGCGCCGGCGACGCGACCGGACGUCGGAUCUACGCCGCCGCAGGAGGAGGGAGGCGGCGCUGUGGCCGUUCCUUGCCCGCGAGCGCCCAGAUCCGUCCCGCCGGGCGCGAUUCCAGACCCGCCGGCGCCGUCUCAAAAAUUUCAUUGGUGAAUGGAUAUAUAUACGGUCCUGUGAUAUCGAGCUUCAGUUGAUGCAGAGGUGGUGAAAACAUCUUUCUUCUUCAAAGAGUGCUGGUUGCAAGUUGCAAAAGUUUGUCUUGCCCUUGCUGUGUUGUUGCUGCCUUCUCUGGUGGAGUACACAAGAGAAGUUUGCAGAUAUUGGCAGCUCCUUUCAGCUCUUCUAUGUCCAGGGAUUUGGACUGUCCUGUUCAGACACAGAUGGCUGUGGCAGUCCUGGAUCGGAGCUUUAGCAGUGAAUAUCCUGGAGGUAGCAGAACUGAGGGGAGGCAGCUGAGCUGGAAGAGAGUCUUUGUCCAAACUGACAAUGGUUCUGUCCUUGGCAUCGAGCUGGAGAGAGGAGAAAAUGUGCAAACUGUGAAAAAGAAGCUGCAGAUAGCCCUCAAUAUGCCCACUGAUGAGAGCUCCUUGACCUUUGGUGACCUGGUUCUGAAUAAUGAUCUUAGCAGCAUUCGCAAUGACUCACCAUUGCUUCUCAAAAGGAAUCAGAUUCACCGAAGCAAUUCCACACCAUGCCUCUCCCCUACUGGCAAGGAUGUUUGGCAAAGAGACCGGAGUGGGCCCAUUGAAAUCCUUGGCUGUUCAAGCCCUUCCUCUCGGAUGAAGCAGCUUGCUAAAGAUGUCAUUAAAGCCAUAAAGAAUGGUGUUGAUCCAGUUGCUGUUAACAGUGGGAUGGGUGGUGCCUACUACUUCAAGAACAUUUGGGGAGAGCGUGUUGCAAUUGUCAAGCCAACAGAUGAGGAACCAUUUGCCCCAAACAAUCCAAAAGGUUUUGUGGGGAAGGCUCUGGGACAGCCAGGCCUAAAAAGAUCUGUGCGUGUCGGUGAGACGGGCUUCAGAGAGGUUGCUGCUUACCUCCUCGACUAUGAUCACUUUGCAAAUGUCCCUCGCACCAUGCUGGUCAAGAUAACACACACCAUCUUCAAUGUGAAUGACUGCGUUGGCUGCAAAACUAAAGUAUUCUGCAACAAAUCAGAGGCUGUGAGCAAGAUUGCAUCACUGCAGGAGUUCAUUCCUCAUGAUUUUGAUGCCAGUGACCAUGGGACCUCAAGCUUCCCUGUAUCUGCAGUGCAUAGAAUUGGCAUACUUGACAUUAGAAUCUUCAACACUGACAGGCAUGCUGGAAAUCUUCUGGUCAAGAAGCUUGGUCCUGGGGCUGACAAUUUUGGAGAGCAGACAGAACUUAUCCCGAUUGACCAUGGCCUUUGUCUUCCAGAAUGCCUAGAAGACCCUUACUUUGAGUGGAUCCACUGGCCACAGGCAUCUGUUCCCUUCUCCGAGGAGGAGCUUGAAUACAUUGCAAAACUUGAUCCUGUAAAAGAUGCAGAAAUGCUACGCACGGAGCUACCGAUGAUACGAGAGGCAUGUCUCAGGGUGCUGGUGCUGUCAACAGUAUUUCUCAAGGAAGCUGCUGUGUUUGGUCUCUGCCUCUCCGAGAUAGGAGACAUGAUGAGCAGGCAGUUCACUGCAAAAGAAGAGGAACCAAGUCAGCUUGAGCUUCUCUGCAUGGAGGCAAGGAAGUGGGUUGAGGAAAGAGAGUUCUUUCUUCCUGACGAAGCCGGAGUUGAAGAUGACGAUGAUGACUUCACCCAGUUCCUUCUUGACAGCGAGGAUGAUUCGGAUGCCUUUGAACCACCAGCUUUCUGCAAGUUUGGUAGCAUGAAGGCAAGUUCCAGGAAUCCACUAUCCAAGCUAGAUGAGUGUGAUGAGGAGGAUGAAGAUGAGACCGAGGACGACGAAGAUGAUGACAUCUUGACCAGUGCAUUGCCCCAGAAGAUUCCUUCUAUCUCCAAGCUGUCGUCGUCCAUGAAGGGGCUUGGCUUCAUCGGGAAAUCUAAACUCUACCGUAGAGGAGUUCCAAAGGGUAAAGUGACAGGUAGAACUAACUACAGUGGCAAAGCUAGUGAGCAUCAGUCCGGGAGCAGGAGCGCCAACGAGCUGCUCCCGCCCAGCGCCAGUUUUGUGAAGCUGUCGGACAUGAGCCCUAAAGAGUGGAGUGCAUUCCUUGAGAAGUUCCAGGAGCUGCUCCCAGGUGCCUUCCACACCCGGAAGCACACUGCUGGUGUUGGCCAGCGUCCGAUGCCGAGGCUGGGCACGUCUUGCCAGUUUUGAAAGUAGUAGAAGAGAAGUCACCAAGGUAAUGAAUGUACAACUUCUGUUCGAGCUCUGGCGUGGUGUGCAGCAGCUGCAGCAGCCAGCAGGUAUAUUAUAUAUGCUUGUUUUAGGUGUAUGGAGCCGGUAGAGGUGGUCCGAGAAUAAGAUCGUCCAUGGCGGGCAUAUGAGAUGAGCUCGCAUUGCAGGUGAAGAGUGGUGUGUUUGUGCAUAGUGUUUGACAUGUGAGAUGCGUUGUUCUUUUCUUCUUUGUAUAUAGUAAGAAGUACUCCUACUGCCUCGCAGCACCGGGCUCGGGCUCGAUCUCGGCCGUCGUUACCUGAUGGUGGUGGUGAGUGUGCUGGCAUCGUUGCCGCUGUACCAUUUUGGAGACGCUUACCAUAAUAUGAACUAUGAUAUGAUAUUGCUACAGAUAUAUAUGCAUAAAUGUAUCACCUGCUGUCUGUAUCA